UUAGAAUGAGGGAGUGAAUGGUUGAAUGAUAAAGCGAGAUGCUAAAUAAUCAGUGAAGAACAAAAACUACGAUUGAAGUGAUUCCGGAGAGAAAAAUUGAAGGCUUUUCAUGUGAUCUUGUGAAUUUGUGUUUGUGCAAAAUUAAUUGUAGACUGUAUUUGUAUAAUAUUUUUGGAGCAACGUUCCCAAAAAAACGUACCGCUUGGUAGUAAUAUGAGUAAUGUUACCAACCAAAAUGGAACAGGUCUAGAGCAGCAGAUUGCUGGUCUGGACUUGCAGGCUCAGGCUCCUAAGAGUGCCGGCCGCUAUAUUCCCCCGCACCUGCGCAGGCAGUUGCAGGCCAACUCAAACCAAGUGACUCGAAAAAAUGACUACCCUGAUUCUGAUGGGGAAGAGUCUAAGCGCUCAAGCUUAGACGUCCGUCCCAACGAGUCACGGGACAUCCGUUCAUCAUUCGGAGGCAGCUCUAGAGGUUACGACCGUGGUGGUCGGCGCGACGACCGCGACCGUGACCGCGAUCACGAUCGCGGCUACGAUUCGCGAUCCCAGCGCAGGGACCGCGGUCGUGAUGGCGGAUACCAGAAUGGAGACACAGACCGUUGGUCUGAAUCGGAGCGCUGGAGUGACCGCGGCGGGCGCGGCGGCACGGGCGGGUCAGGCGGCGGCAGCGGCGGCGGCGGCGGCAGCAGCAGCAGCAGCAGCGGCGUGCGCGACCGCGACGUGCGCCGCGACGAGGACUACGAGCCGCCGGCGCCGCGCAACGACCGCUGGAAGGAGCCCGAGCCGCGCUCCGACGAUCGCAACAACUCGCGCUGGCCCUCCGACGAUGUGCGCCGCUCCAGCUCCCGUAGAGAUGAGAAUGAUUGGACGAUCCCGCUACCUCGCGACGAGCGGCAGGAGUUGGAGCUCUUUGGCACUGGAAACACAGGCAUCAACUUUUCCAAAUACGAGGAUAUUCCGGUUGAGGCCAGUGGUGACCGCGUACCGGACUUUAUUACAAGUUUCGAUGACGUUAACCUGACAGAAAUAAUGCGAUCGAACAUAAAACUCGCUCGCUACGAUAAACCGACGCCAGUGCAGAAGUACGCGAUUCCCAUCGUUUUGGGCCAUAGAGAUGUAAUGGCGUGCGCACAGACCGGCUCGGGCAAGACGGCAGCUUUCCUCGUGCCCAUACUCAAUCAGAUGUACGAAGCCGGACCUGUGAAGCACACAGGACCAAUCAUCAGACGCAAACAGUACCCCUUGGGCUUGGUGCUGGCUCCGACGCGUGAGCUGGCCACUCAGAUCUAUGAUGAGGCUAGGAAGUUCGCAUACCGCUCGCGCGUGCGACCUUGUGUUGUUUACGGUGGCUCUCCAGUACCUGAUCAGUUGCGUGAGCUGGAACGCGGUUGCCACCUACUGGUCGCCACCCCAGGCCGAUUGGUGGACAUGUUGAUUCGCGGUCGCGUUGUCCUCGACCACUGCCGCCAUCUUGUGUUGGACGAGGCAGAUCGUAUGCUUGACAUGGGUUUCGAGCCUCAGAUUCGAAAGAUUGUUGAGUGCCACACCAUGCCGAAGACUGGUGAACGACAGACCCUUAUGUUUUCUGCUACUUUCCCAAAGCAAAUUCAAGUUUUGGCGCAAGAUUUCUUGCAUAACUACGUUUUCCUUGCGGUUGGACGUGUCGGUUCUACUUCUGAGAACAUUACACAAAAGGUUGUAUGGGUAGAGGAAAUGGAUAAACGUUCAUUCCUUUUGGACUUACUGAAUGCGUCGAACUUGCUGCAACGUUCGCGCCCUGAGGAAGACCAGCUGAUUCUCGUUUUUGUUGAAACCAAGAAAGGCGCUGACCAACUUGAGGAUUACCUGUACUCGCAAGGCUACCCAGUGACGUCGAUCCACGGCGACCGCACUCAACGCGAGCGUGAGGAGGCCCUCAGGCGAUUCCGCUCGGGACAGACUCCCAUCCUGGUUGCCACAGCAGUUGCUGCCAGAGGUUUGGAUAUACCGCAUGUGCGUCAUGUGAUCAACUUUGAUUUGCCAUCUGAUGUGGAAGAGUACGUGCACCGCAUUGGUCGUACCGGCCGUAUGGGUAACCUGGGUGUCGCCACAUCCUUCUUCAACGACACCAACCGCGGCCUAGCUCGCGAGCUCGUCGAACUACUCGUCGAGGCUAAACAAGACGUGCCAAAUUGGCUGACAAGCACAGCGGCUGACGGGCGGCUAGGCGGUGGUGGGCGGCGCGCCGGCAGUCGCUCGGGCGGCGGACGGUUCGGCGGCGGCGGCGGCUUCGGCGCCCGCGAUUACCGUACGCAACCGCGCCAGCCACCACGCUCAGCUGGGCCCUCUUCUAUCGGAUCUGGUUUUGGAUACGAUGGAGGAUCGUACGGUGGUAACUACGGCGGGUCGUACGGCGGCGGCGGCGGCAGCAGCGGAGGCCCGGACUGGUGGGACUCUUAAGCGAUUUACGCGCACCGCCCUCCCCGUCCCCCCUUCCCCCCGCUCUGAUACCAACUUCCUUAUUCGUGACUUAAGCUAUGUCAGAUGUUCUAGAAUAUAUUUGGAUUCGUGAGCAGAGACUGAAAUUGACCGGUGACCGUUAGAAGUAGCGACAAUGGACAGUCGAGAGCGGUGCGACUCAGCGCGGCGCCGUUGAAUCUCAGGGCCGCGGCCCGCAUCCGCGGGAUUUUUCUUGAUUCGAUGUUUUGCCGCGGGCGUGCUUGACGAAUAUUUGUGGAUUCUCCGCGUGAACGGUAGAUAGUAAGCUCCGGUGGAGUGAUUGUUAGAGUAAAUUAUUAUCGCACGUUUCGUUUGCGUCACGUCCGUUGUGACUCGCACGCCUUUUUAAUUUUAUUUUUAUUCUUUUAGAAACGAUAUUCUGAUAUCGUUUUUGAAAAAAGUAGUGAUUUAAAAUAGAAUAUUUUUGAUGUUCGGUCUGUAUCGUGAAUCCCUAAGUGAACAAUGUAAUUGUGUAUUUUCAAUUUUCUAUUCUCUGACAGUCUGCUGACUCACUCCUGACACUGAAAUUUUGAAGCAUUUACGCACUCUAAAGUCGAUGUAGCUAUUGAUGCAGUAGAUUUAGAAAUUGAGAAGUACCGAUACAGUAUCAUAGUGAAUAAAUAAUAACUAAAUUUUGUCUGUAGAAAUCCCAUAAUGUAACAUCUAUCACCAACAUGCUCUAUAAUUUGAAUGUGAAUUUUACCAAUAAAAAUUAAGAAACAGUAUA